GCCCUGCUGGCGCUGCCGGAGCCACGUGGGCGCCUGAGGCGCAGGGUCCGGGCCGGGGCCUCCCUCGCAGCGCUCUGUGCUCGGCAGCAGCCUGCCGGGGCCGGCGGUCGGCAGCUUGGUGUGCGCCGAGCUCUCGGUCGGCCUGGUGCUGUGCGUGGCCUUUGUGUGGGCUGCAGUAUGGCCUCACCGAAGGACCCAGAGAAGAGCUGGGAGGAGAAGCAGCACCUAGAGAUCAAGUUGGAGCAGCCAACAUGCAGCCCCAAGGGAGAGGAGGAUCAGGAAGAAGAGGACAAGAUGGAGGAUGAUGAUGAGGAGAAUGACAACUGUGAGGAGGAUGAGUAUGAAAAGGAGGAUAACAAUGAGGAUGAUGGUGAUCAGGAUGAGGAGGAGAUGGAAUCUAUGCAGGAGGAUGACGUCAGGGCAGGUCCUUCUGGUCCACCCUUUUGGCUGAAUCAGUUCCCUGAGUGUGGGCAGAGCUUCCCACCUGAGCUGGUGAAGCACCACUGCCCCCAUCCUGGCACCCGGCCCUUCAUCUGUGGUGACUGUGGCAAGAGGUUCAGCUGGAACUCUGAGCUCAUCCGGCACCGCCUCAUCCACACUGGAGAGAAGUCUUUCACCUGUGCCGACUGCGGCCAGAGCUUCAGCAGGAACUCCACCCUCGUUCGGCACCGCCGCACCCACACCGGCGAGAGGCCUUACAGAUGUGCUGACUGUGGCAAGAGUUUCACUCACAGCUCUGCCCUCAGCCAGCACCGCAGUGUGCACAGCACUAAGAAGGCCUUCACCUGCAAGGACUGCGGCAAGAGCUUCAAAUCCAGCUCUACCCUCUCCAUCCAUUGCCGCAUCCACACGGGAGAGAAGCUGUUCCCCUGUGCUGAGUGUGGCAAGAGCUUCACCACGAGCACUUCAUACAUCCGGCAUCAACUCAUCCACAGUGGUUACAAACCGUACAGCUGUGCCCACUGCGGCAAGAGCUUCUCCCGGGUUUCUAAUCUUACCAGGCACGGUCGUAUGCACACCGGAGAGAAGCCGUUCACCUGUGUUGACUGCGGCAAUAGCUUUACCUGCAGUUCCUAUCUAACCCAGCACCGUCGUGUGCACACUGGUGAGAAACCUUUCACCUGCACUGCCUGCGGCAGGAGCUUCACCCAGAAGGGAAACCUCAACAGGCACCGUUGCAGACACACCACUGACCAGGCCACAGUGGACGGGAAGCAUACAUAGAUCCAUCCAGAAUCUGUUAGGAUAAUCGUGAUCCACCUGAGAGGCCUUUUUCAGCACCAAAAUAACCUAUUUUUCCUCUGCAUUUCUCAGAGGCUGGGGGCUCUGACAGGAACAAGCAUCUCCUGCCCUUCUGAACACCAAUUAGUGCUGUUGAGAACAAUUACAGUGCGGAGUCAGCACAGCUGGAACUGCCAUUGGAGCUGGGCUG